AUGAGCAACACAACAGCAGUCAGCACUCAAGCUGAUCUUAUCAAUCAAAUCUAUCUUUAUAAUCAGAUUUUUACGAGAUAUACUUUGGGUUUUGCGCUAACCAUGGGUAAUUUCGGAUCGAUUCUCGACAUUCUUGUCUUCUCACAAGCACAUAUGCGCAAAAAUACAUGUUCCAUGUAUUUUCUCGCUUGUGCUAUUUCAGAACUGUUCACAUUUAAUGUUGGUGAUUCCACACGAAUGCUUAAUUUUGGUUAUAAGAUCAGCAUCUACAACAUGUUUGAUUGGUUGUGUCGAGUUCGAUACUAUAUUACCUUUGCAUUCGUUGCUAUCCCACAUUAUUUUAUAAUCUUAGCAUCGAUUGAUCGAUAUUUUGCCAGUUCUCGCAAUGCUCGUCGUCGUCAAUGGAGUUCACCACGAAUAGCUCGUCGGCUAAUCAUCGGCAAUAUUCUUCUAUGGCUCAUUGUAUAUAGUCACUGUCUUAUCUACUAUACAAACCAAACUGGACAAUGUAGCACCUACGGCGAUGCUUAUGAUUGGUUUCUUCGUAUUCAAGACGCAAUUUGCGCUGCUUUUUUACCUUUAAUGUUGAUGUGUAUAUUUGGCUGGCUAACACUCAAGAAUAUUUGGGCAAUCGGAAAACAGAUCAGGCCGAACCAAGAGGAUCAGACAUUAAAUACAAUGUCCAGAAAAGAUGUUCAACUAAUCAAACUGUUAAUUUAUCAAGUUGCUAUUUUCAGUCUUUUGUUCAUGCCGCAACCGUGCUUCUUUAUCUAUGACUUGUCAACGUACUAUACGCCGAAAUCACCAGUUCGUGUGGCCAUUGAAUUCUUUAUUAACAAUGCUGUUCAUUGUCUAGUUUAUAUAAAGUUCUCUUGUACGAUACUUAUCAAUCUUUCUACAUCAAAACUAUUUCGAUUCGAACUGUAUAGAUUGAUUCAAACGAAGAUAUUUCGGCGGAAAAGGCAACACGCAGUAAUCAUCGCAACACACAGAGGAACAGAACACCAUUAA